AUGAAAAAUCAAAAAUUUUUCUUCUCUAUAUUUUCUGAAAUUCUUGGCCCACUCUUCCCUCACCCUCUCUCUACUUCCAAACUCCCUUUUGCUUCUCAGAUUUUGUCUUUCGGUGGCUUUGCGUGCACUGCUUCCCCAUUACAACCGGUCCCUAAUCUAUGCUUGCAAAAUCUGAGCAGUGCGCCAUGUGGGUCUUUCGAUUCUCAUGAAACAAUAAGUGGGUUUAGAUUAAAUCGCAUCUACAGCAUUGGGAUUUGA